CCUCUCGCCGGCAGCAGCCGAGCCGGUCCCUCCGAUCCGACCUGGCAGCCUCACGCUGGGGCCGCUGCCGGCUGGGGCUGCCCGGGAGCGCUCAGCCCGUCCUGCCGUGUCCUGCCUGCCCUGCCCAGCCUGCCCAGCCUGCCCAGCCCCGCCGUGCCCCCGGCCCGCUCCCGCCGCCGCCCCGGCCGCGAAAAGUUGUGCGGAGCGCCGAGGAUGGGAGCGCAUCUGCAGCCGCUGGCCCUGCGGCUCCUGGCGCUGACUUUCCCCUUGGUGGCGAAGGGUUUUCCCGACGAAACCUUGGAGAAAGCCGCGAAAUCCGAGGGAUAUUGCAGUCGGAUCCUGCGAGCCCAAGGCACCAGGAGGGAAGGGUACAAUGAAUUCAGCCUCAGGGUGGAGGGCGAUCCAGAAUUUUACAAGCCUGGAAACAGUUACCGGGUGACGCUUUCUGCUGCCACUCCUGCCUACUUCCGAGGGUUCACACUGAUCGCCCUCAAGGAAGGAAAAGAAGGUGACAAAGAGGAAGACCACGCAGGAUCUUUCCAGAUCAUAGACGAAGAAGAAACCCAGUUCAUGAGCAAUUGUCCCGUUGCUGUGACUGAGAGCACACCUAGAAGGAGGACUCGCAUCCAGGUGUAUUGGACAGCUCCUCCCGCCGGGACAGGAUGUGUGAUCCUGAAAGCCAGUAUCGUGCAGAAGCGCAUAAUUUAUUUUCAAGAUGAAGGCUCCCUCACCAAAAAAAUUUGUGAACAAGACUCAGCCUCGGAAGGUGUGACUGACAAACCGAUCCUGGACUGUUGUGCCUGCGGUACUGCCAAAUACAGGCUGACUUUCUAUGGGAACUGGUCAGAAAAAACACACCCCAAAGAUUUCCCACGACGCACCAACCACUGGUCUGCCAUCAUUGGGAGCUCUCACUCCAAGAACUACAUCCUGUGGGAAUACGGAGGAUACGCCAGUGAAGGAGUCAAGCAAGUGGCAGAGCUGGGGUCCCCAGUGAAGAUGGAAGAAGAAAUUCGACAGCAGAGUGAUGAGGUUCUCACAGUCAUCAAGGCCAAGGCACAGUGGCCAGCCUGGCAACCUCUGAAUGUGCGAGCUGCUCCCUCUGCUGAGUUUUCCGUGGAUCGCCACCGGCACCUGAUGUCCUUCCUCACCAUGCUGGGCCCCAGCCCCGACUGGAACGUGGGGCUCUCCGCCGAGGAUCUCUGCACCAAGGACUGCGGCUGGGUGCAGAAAGUCGUGCAGGAUUUAAUCCCCUGGGAUGCUGGCACCGACAGCGGGGUCACCUAUGAGUCUCCUAACAAACCUACGGUGCCUCAGGAGAAGAUCAGACCUCUCACGAGCUUAGAUCAUCCUCAAAGCCCAUUUUAUGAUCCAGAAGGAGGAUCUAUCAAGCUGGUGGCCAGAGUUGUCAUUGAGAGAAUUGCACGAAAGGGGGAGCAGUGCAAUAUCGUUCCUGAUAACAUUGAUGAUAUUGUGGCAGACCUAGCACCGGAGGAAAAAGAGGAAGAUGAUACCCCUGAGACUUGCAUAUACUCAAACUGGUCCCCAUGGUCAGCCUGCAGCUCCUCUACCUGUGAGAAGGGCAAGAGGAUGAGGCAGAGAAUGCUUAAAGCUCAGCUGGACCUCAGUGUGCCCUGCCCAGACACCCAAGACUUUCAGCCCUGCAUGGGUCCGGGCUGCAGCGAUGAAGAUGGCUCCACCUGCAUGAUGUCUGACUGGAUUACGUGGUCCCCCUGCAGCGUCUCCUGCGGGAUGGGAACCAGAUCCAGGGAGAGAUACGUGAAACAAUUCCCCGAGGAUGGCUCCAUGUGCAAAGUGCCUACUGAGGAGACUGAGAAGUGUAUUGUAAAUGAGGAAUGCUCUCCCAGCAGCUGCCUUGUCACUGAGUGGGGCGAGUGGGACGAAUGCAGUGCCAGCUGUGGCACGGGGAUGAAGAGACGGCACAGGAUGAUCAAGAUGACCCCUGCUGAUGGAUCCAUGUGCAAGGCAGAAACCACCGAGGCAGAGAAGUGCAUGAUGCCCGAGUGCCAUACCAUCCCCUGCCUGCUGUCUCCCUGGUCUGAGUGGAGUGACUGCAGUGUAACCUGUGGGAAGGGCAUGAGAACCCGGCAGAGGAUGCUGAAAUCUGCUGCUGAGCUGGGAGACUGCAACGAGGAGCUGGAACAAGCAGAGAAAUGCAUGCUGCCAGAAUGCCCCAUCGACUGUGAGCUGACGGAGUGGUCCCAGUGGUCCGAGUGCAACACCUCCUGUGGCAAGGGCCACAUGAUCAGGACCAGGAUGAUUAAAAUUGAGCCCCAGUUUGGGGGCACAGCCUGCCCCGAGACCGUCCAGCGUACGAAAUGCAGAGUGAGGAAGUGCCUGAGGGGGGCAGGGAUGGAAAAAAGGCGCUGGAAGGAGGCCCGGGAGAAGAGGAGAAGUGAAGCAAAGAAGAAUUUAGAUAGUGAGCAAUAUCCAGUUUGUAGGCUGAAACCAUGGACUUCUUGGACAGAAUGCUCUACCCUCUGUGGAGGUGGAAUUCAGGAGCGCUACAUGAUGGUAAAGAAGAGGUCCAAAAGCACUCAGUUUACCAGCUGCAAAGACAAAAAGGAGCUAAGAGCAUGUAAUGUCCAUCCUUGUUAACAAAACACAAGGUUCCAAGUGAUGCACUCUGAGCUAAAUGGAAAGUCAACCUUGGUUUGUUUUUUUAGAACAACAACAACAACAAAAUAUAAAGUGUAUAUUAGUUUUCGUUUUUGCAGUGUGGUUUGCUUUUUAGUCUUGCUGGUGCAAGAAAAAUAUUUUAUAAAUAUUUCCUCACAGAUUUAUGCUGAGAGUAAGUCUUUGGUACUCCAGCCAGCCCUUAAUGCAUAAAAAUAGGAAAGUCAUGGUGAGUUACUUAACUAAAAUACAGACACAUCCGUGGACAUGGAAUAGCCAUACAGAAAUAGCACUUGUGAAGACAUGGGAUGCAUGCAUAUUAACAAAACUAAAUUAAAGUGACAAAGUUUUAUCUGUGGGAGGAUUUCUCUCUAGAUUUGAAAAUCCAAAGCAGUGCCUCUGUCAUUACACAACUAUGCCAAGGAGUAAUUUCAGUAAUGCUGGUUCAAUAAUAUUAAAGGUGCAUGUUUAUCUUUUUACACUAUUAGGUUAAGCUGAUAGUGUUUAUUAUUAUAAUAAUAAUUCUAAACACUUCUCUUCACAUGGAUGCUGUGGCCCAUGCAAGAAGGUCUUUUUUCUUCAAAACUUAAAAAGGAAAUAAUUUUUUGCAGCUCGAUAGUGAUGUCUGACCACCACACAAUCACAGUCAAGACAGCACAUAAAGAAAACAUGCAAAUAUCAUAAUAUGUGUACAGUCCAUACUGGGUCUAUCCAUUGCCUUUCCAAAUGGACACAGAACUAGUAGAAAUUGGUCCAGAGUUUUACAGCAGCUGUGCCACAGGAUGUCUUCCACAUGAGAGACACUACAAAAUUAUUCACAGGUGCAAAAAUGGUAGAGAAAAGGUGAGCCAGGCUCUCAUGCAUCCCCUAAAACUGAAAUGAGCCUCUGAAAGGAAACAAUGACAGUCUUAAAAAAAAAGUGAUUAUAGAUUGGCACAAGAAUAUAUUUUACAGCAGUGUCAUUUAAGUCUUUUUUUACUCAGAAUAUAGGGUAAUCUAAAAAUUACUACGUUUGUGAGCAUUACCCAUUUGUGGAUAUCCUAGCCAGGUUAAAUGCCUUCCCUGACUACUUAAGUGAUUAAAAAACUGCCUGAGAUUAGAAAAUACCUUCUUCUAAUUGCUAUUUUACCCCAUCUCCUGCAGAAUUUACCUCUCAUCCCUACACUGAGUCAGGUAUGAUCAGGGAAACCCUUGGGCCCCGCUUGCUAUUGAAAUACAAAGUUUUCCUGUAAUUUUAUUUUCCUGUAAUAAUCUUACAGGAGGAAGGGAAGGUGGUGGGUUACCUUUUGGUCCAGGCAGGGCAGCAUACCCCUGUGUCUCUGCAGAAGUAAGAACAAAGCACUGAAAAUAAAGAUUCUUGAUGCUGACUUCUAUGCUUGAGAGAAAUGAAUGGAGAUAAUUUUUUUAAUGGCCUCUAAGUCAGCCUUAAGUGAUUUGUUCACUUCCUUAACACUUGGUCACUACCCUGAGGUUUUAAAUAUUGCUGUGCACCACAGCCCUCUGAGCUGUUCAUCUUCCCUGCCACCACCACCCUGGGGAUGCUCUGAACAGGCUGGAGGGGCUGGUGGCACUGAUUGUGAGGCUGCUCAUCAGCAUUUCUGCACUGAACACUGCAAGGGCUGCUCAGGACUUCCACAGCUGUCACAUCCCAGCCCCUCCCGAGGUAUUUCACUGCUUCCUGCACAUUUGGGAUGAGGGAAAGACCAGGGAAAUAAUGGAACCAACGGCAGUGUGAGCCCUUUUCUGCUGCUGCUAAACGAAAUGGGUGCACGCCCACAGCCAACCAAACCAGGAGAAAAAAGGAAUGCAACAAGGUUUAAUGCUAAAACCAAACAUUCUUCUUUUUGCACAGCUUGGCUCACUUAAUAAUACUAAUUCAGAUAGUUUGCCUCCUUGUGCCUGUUCAAAAGUCAUGCAGUUUGUGUCUACAGCACUGCCAUUACAGCACAGCAGUAAGACUGUCCCUCACUAAUGAUUUAGGACCUUACAUUUCACUUUUAUGACCAAGAAAACUCAAUUUAAAAAUACCAGUAGAAGGAUAGAGGUACUGGAGGAGUGAUUAGCUGAGCAUAUUUUGGGUGAGGCAACUGCAGAGAAAGGCCACAAUGAUCAGUGCCAGGGUCUCAGCCAGGGCAGAGCCACAUCUCCGGCUGAGCUGGUACAGGGUGUCCCAGCUGAGGCCAUUCACUCAGAAAAGUAAUCCUGGGCCAUGAAAUGUGUGGCAGAGUGCUUUUAAAGGCUUUGAAGGAUCUGUGAGCCUGGGGCAGAGGGAGCAGAAGUUGUUUCUCCUGAAUGGAAAAAAUUUGCUGAGUUCAGGAACCAGAUUUAUCUCAUCAAGCCUUACCACUUGUUCAAGAUUAUCUUGCUUGUUUCAGUAAAUAAUCAAUUAAACCCCGUGUUGUAUUUCCAUUUUCACAUUUGUUCCAGUUCAUCAAGCUGUUUUGUGUACUAAAUACUCCCUUUGCCAAAGGCCACAUAGUCCAAAUACACUUAUGGAAAACGUACAACACCUUUCUGAACACGCCCACAAAAUUGUCCAUUAAAACAAUCUGGCAUUCCUUUCUCUGUGCUGCUUACUAAUUUGAUUCACCACAUCCCUAUUUUCUUUCCCUCUUAGAAGGCUGUUCAGUGUGAGCUCCAGUCAUUUCUCUUAGGCUCAUUGAAGUUCCGAAUGUUGCAAAUCACUUUUUUCCCCACCUUGUUGAUAGAUGAAAUGACAAGAUAAUUGCAUCGGGUCAGAAAUGUGUGACCACUCCUGCUUAGGUUCAGCUCUUCACACUUGUUUUUCUGUUGAAGCAUUUUACAGAUCACUUGUCUUUCUUCUAACUUGAUACAUAAGAGAAACAUUUAGGCUCGUUACAUUUUGUAAAAAAACCAAAAAAACACAAACAAAAACAAAUGGAGGAAAAAAAAGGAGGUUGAUUUUCUAUUCAGGAAAAAAAAAAAGCUCUGAUAUACAAUAUGUAGAAGUCUUGCAUUGUUACUGUAAACUUUCUAGUAGUGUAAUAGGCACUGGUUAUCAGUCAAUAAAAAGAGGAACUGUUAUUGUUCUGAUGUCCUGAAUAAUCCUGCUGAACUCAAAGCACAGAUGUCACACCCGUUUUGUAGACCUCAACUACCAGAUCUUAGCAUUGUGCAUACUUUUUUUUCUAAUAUACAAAUGAUAGAAUCGUUACACAUAAUAAAAAAGAGAAGUUAGGGGCUUAACAAAUGUACAGUAGUACUCUGUUCAUGUGACAUGAGUUAAACAAAGUUUUGUUUGAUUGCAUUUUUAGAUUUCCUUUGUUGUUUUUGUUUGCUGUGAAAUUAUGGAAAAGCUACCAUGAACAUUUCUUACCAAAGUCUUGUGUAGAUGUUUUGUAGCUGUCUGCCUAACACAUUAUAUUAUUAUUAUUAUUAUGAUUAUUGUUAUUAUUUUGGAAUAAAUACUUCUUUACUAUGAA